AUGCGGCCACCUCAGAGAAGCCUCCAUGCAGGUAGGCCACCCACUGCGCGGAUAGCAAGGCGAUCUAUGUCACGCAAGGCAUGCCGGAAUCUCAUCAACAAACAUCAUCAGCUGGAAAAACGACAGCGGCAGGCCAUUUCGCAAGGAGACAAGGAGACGGAGGCAGCGAUUUCUGCAGCAAUAGCUGACCUCGGUGGCUUAAAUCGAUACCAACAAGCCAGCCUUCAAGGUCAGAGCAACGACCGAGGCGGGGACACUUCAAAAGUCCUACUUGAAUGGCUUUCAGUGGACAUGGUCAAACAAGCUGAAAGACGACCCCGUUUGUUAGAAGUUGGGUCCUUGAGUACUCGGAAUGCGUGUUCUUCAAGCGGCCACUUCGAGGUGGUCCAUAUAGACCUGAACAGCCAAGAGCCGGGGAUUCUCAAGCAGGACUUUAUGGAACGACCUUUACCAGAGCGUUCAGCCGAGAAAUUUGAUAUUAUAUCCUUAAGUUUAGUGCUCAACUUCGUCCCUGAAGCGGAAAGCCGUGGCCGAAUGCUGCUUCGGACGCUGUCUUUUCUACAGCAACCUACUGGUGCUGCCCAGAGGAUUUUUAGUGGCUUAUUUCCAUCAUUGUUUGUUGUUCUUCCGAGGAGUUGCGUUGACAACUCCCGAUAUUGCACCGAUUCGACGCUAGAAUCGCUGAUGAGAGCUUUGGGAUAUACACUGGAGCGUAUCAAGAAAACACAAAAGCUUGCUUACAGCCUGUGGGUGAGAAGCCGUGUUACCGCCCCCGUACUUCACUUUGCGAAGCAUGAAGUGAAUCCAGGUCGGUCAAGAAACAAUUUUGCUAUCACGUUGACGAGCUCCGACACCAAAUCUCAGUAG